GUAAAAAUGUAUUAAAAAAUCAAGUAAAUAUCUUACAUUAAUUAAGAAAUGGCCGCUGGAAUCUGAAAUAUAUAUUUUCUUAUCUCUAUACAAAUCAAGUAUCUAUCAAGUAAAAAUAGUAUAUCAAUAGACUCAGAUCUUUACGCUUAAUUCUGAAAAUAAUGUAUAAUUAAGUUCCAUAUUGAAGAAAAGUUUAUCCGAGUCCGAGCUUAAUCCUAAACUCUCUCUCGUUUUGUAAUCAGUAUUCAUAAAAGUCUGUAGACACUUUUGAAUUUAACUCCCAAUUUGAAAAUAAAGUAAGUUAUUAUAAUUUUUAUAAUAUCAAAUUAUGAAAUGAAGUAUUUGCAGUGGGAAAAAUUCGCAUUUUAUGUCUCUUCGAUUUAAAAAAUUUAUUUGUAAUUUAAAAAAAGAAAAGAGAAUUCAUAUAUAAUUGAUAACAUAAUGCACAUGUCCACCAUUAACUAUACGUGUAUUGGCGUCAAAUGUCCGUUUUGACAUCACACCAGAUCGGGUACUCCCUCAAGCAAACCAUGUAUACCCAACCUAGAUAGAGAACCAAUAUUUUCAGGCUCCCGUUAGAGGACGUACUCGAGCGUUGCGAUCGCGAAUAGUAUUUUGCUCACUCUUUUUGUAAAAAAUAUUAGCUAUAUUUUUGGUUAUUUUAAUUAAAUUACCUUCACAUUGUUGAAUUAUAAAACAAACAAAAACGAAUUGGGAUAUAUUUUAGUUUAGUUUUUAAUAUCGAUUAGAGAUAAUAAUGGUUACUCAGUUCCUCUCCUUGUCUACCACAAUUAUAGUUUAUUAUUGUUUGUUUAUUAUUAUAUUGUUUGUUAUAGUAUAUUAUUGUUUGCCAAGCUCCUCUCAUACCGUUUUUCAAUCAUCUAGAAAUUGGUAGACUUUUGACGCCACUUAAAACAGCGGACGAUUGUUAUGCUUAAGCCAUAGUUGAUAUAGUUAAGGACUCUACAAACUAAAUGUUUAGAACAAAUCCCCAUCCAGUCUAUUAUGGAGUGUCAUCAGGUACAUUGCACUCCAUGGAAUCCUUAUUCAGCCAGCAAUUACCAGUUGGGAGAGUCUGCUUCAGUCAAUCAUCCAACAGAAGCCCCCAAGACAGAUAUAAUGGAAAACCAGUGAUUUGUUCCAUCAAUAAAACAUUUGAAGGCUUUGGGUCUAAAAUACCAAAUAAUGGACAAUUGGCCCUCUUUCCAUUCAUAACUCCUGACUUGUGUAACGAAAGUGAGGCCGUUGAUGCGUUCCGUGCCAAUGUGUUAUGUCCAUUACAAAGUUAUCUUAAUUCGUACAGAAUAUUCAGAGAUGUGCCCCAACCCCCGACUAACUUGUUCUCUCCAGACUUUCAGCUGUGCGAUGUUGAAGAUUUCCCUUUUCUAUGUGUCGAAAUUAAACCUUGCAAUGCCUUUUGCAAGGCCGACAUCACCAGAUUUGAUACGAUGACUCAGCAAGAUCGAGCAGAAGAGUUAGCUAAAUAUACUCCUCUUCCUGAAGGUAUAGUUGCAAAAAGAUUCCUAAAAAGCAUAAAAAGACAAAAAAAAGAAGGUGGAGAAAAGGAAUGUAUUGGGCAGUUUAAUUUUCGACUUGCACUAAGACGAUUAAAAGUGUAUUUAUAUAAUAUGAGAUAUACUGAAGCUUAUGGAAUACUGUCUACAUACAUUCAUACUUUUUUUGUAAUACUGAAACGAGGGCAGGAAAAUAAAUCUGAUGAAUUGUUAGUGUCUCCAGCUGUAAAAUUUAAUGACUCUAAUAUACUUCAAAGAAUAGGAGAAUUUAUAUACAAGGCACAAACAGCUGUGAGAGAUCCCAUUCUAGAAAAAGAAAAACUUAUCUUAUUGCCCUUAAACAAAACUAUUGACUCAAAGGGUCAAAAAAGAGGGAUCACGAAACCUGGUGGGAAGAGGAGGAAGAAAGAUGAAAAAAAAUGUAGCCAAAAUCUGGGACGCAGUGUGAGUAUGGGAAACGUUAUUGGAGUUGGCAGAAAUGGAAGCGUUGUUGAACUCUUUGAUGAAAAGAACCAGUUAUUUGCUGCAAAGCUAGUUGGUGACAAGUCCAAGGAUAAUAUUAAAAAUGAACUAGACCUUGAACUGAAAAAUGAGGAUAAUAUCUAUAAAAUUUUGAAACCAUUACAAGGUGACAUUGUGCCAAAGAUAUAUUUUAGUGGAUUUAUGGAAGGCAGGCAUGUAAUAGUGAUGGAGUACCUUGAAGCUCAAUCAAUAAAUAUGCUUCAUCAUCUAUCUAAUGAGCAAAAAGGCGCAGCUCUUGCUGCGUUAGAGAAGAUCCAUCAAUUAGGAGUUCUCCAUGGAGAUAUAAGGGAGGAGAACGUUUUAAUGCAUAAAUGUAAUGACAAGCAAGCCUACAUAAUUGACUUUGGCUUUGCAACAGAGUGCAACUCAUUUAAAGCGUUUGCCAAAGAAAAACAGGAACUAAAAAAUAUUCUUGGUAUGAAAUAGAAUAUAUAUAUAUAUAUAUAUCAAUGGUCAUUUUCCUUAUUUAUUUGAUAAACCAUUGAUAUAUUUGUAUACAAUGACUGAAUGUUUGCUAGUUUAGUGUAUACUUUAGAAGAAAAAAAAUUUUUUAUAAAAUUAAGUUAUACUUGUAGGAUAGGUUAAUUUUACUUAUUUUUUUCUGUCUGGCUGGAAAGCAAAUAGUGCAAAGUAUUUUUGUAUGUUUUUGCCUAAUAUUUUAUGAUAAAAAAUUCUAAAAUGCGCACUUAAAUGUAUAUUUGACUUUGUGAGUUUCUUGUUAUAUGACUUAUGGAAAAUUUCUUCAAGCUCUGUAUUUUUUAGUUUCUUGUUGUUGGACUAAAGUAAAAAGUUUACAGCUGU